AUGACCGGCCGCGGAGGCGGCGGCGGACGCCGCGUCCUGCUUCCCCCAAUUAACAUGAUCUUCAAGCUUCUGCAGUCGCAUGCUACCGUCAGUGUGUGGCUGUAUGAGCAGCUGUCAUUCCGUAUCGAGGGAAAGAUCCGGGGCUUUGACGAGUUCCUGAACCUGGUGCUGGACGACGCCGUGGUCGUGGGCCAGGUUACCAAGACACAGCCCGAGGAGACGCGGAAACCAUUGGGACGCAUUCUUCUUAAGGGCGACAACAUCUCGCUUCUGCAGAGCGUGUCGCCAUGA